AUGGCCGCUUCCCGACUUGUCCGACCGGCUUCGCGCCUGCUGUCCGCGUCCCGACCUGCGCCCGCUUUCCGGCCAGCUUUCCGCGCUGGAGCCAUAACACCGACAAUUGCGCGGAGAUAUGCGUCUGGACAGAAGGAGAUGACGGUGCGAGAGGCCCUCAACGAGGCCAUGACUGAGGAGAUGGAGAAGAAUGACAAGGUCUUCGUGCUGGGAGAGGAAGUUGCGCAAUACAAUGGAGCGUACAAGGUCACCAAGGGCCUGCUCGACCGCUUCGGCGAGAAGAGGGUAAUCGACAGCCCCAUCACAGAGUCAGGUUUCGCUGGUCUCACCGUUGGUGCUGCCCUCGCUGGUCUGCACCCAGUUGUCGAGUUCAUGACCUUUAACUUCGCCAUGCAAGCCAUUGACCAGAUCAUCAACUCGGCCGCAAAGACACACUACAUGUCCGGCGGUAUCCAACCCUGCAACAUCACCUUCCGUGGCCCCAACGGUUUCGCUGCUGGUGUCGGAGCGCAGCACUCGCAGGAUUUUUCCGCGUGGUAUGGAAGUAUUCCUGGCCUGAAGGUCGUCACACCGUACAGCGCCGAGGAUGCGAAGGGUCUGCUUAAGGCGGCUAUUCGUGAUCCCAACCCGGUUGUUUUCUUGGAGAACGAGCUUCUGUACGGUCUCUCGUUCCCCAUGAGCGAGGAGGCUCAGAGGGACGACUUUGUCAUUCCUUUCGGAAAAGCCAAGAUCGAGCGCCCAGGCAAGGACCUCACCAUCGUAACCCUCUCCCGCUGCGUCGGUCAAUCUCUCGUUGCCGCCGAACAACUCAAGUCAAAAUACGGCAUCGAAGCUGAGGUCAUCAACCUGCGCUCCGUCAAGCCCCUCGACGUCGAGGCCAUCGUCAAGUCCGUCAAGAAGACCGGCCACAUGCUCUGCGUCGAGUCUGGAUUCCCCUCUUUCGGUGUCGGUGCUGAGAUCAUGGCUCUCACGUGCGAGUAUGCGUUUGACUACCUGGAGGCACCUCCCGCGCGCGUUACGGGCGCCGAGGUCCCAACGCCGUAUGCGCAGGGCUUGGAGGAAAUGAGUUUCCCGACCGAGCAAUUGAUUGCGGACUAUGCCGCUAAGCUCCUCCGGGUAUAA